AUGGAGGAACGACAGCCUGAACAAGACCAACACUGCCAGGUCAUCACUCUCGGAACUCAUAACCCCCUCCUCCCGAGACCCCAAUUGGACGACGAAGACAACGGCGGAUGCGCCUAUUCAAGGGCGGUUCUCGUCGUCGACAUGGUCUGGAACCUCGCCUUCGUGCUUGUCGCCGCCGCCGUCAUCCUAUCCACGCUCGCCGAGCGUCCUUCCACUCCUCUGAGACUUUGGCUCUGUGGAUACGCCUUGGAGUGCGUUCUCCAUGUCGCUUUUGUUUACUCUGAAUAUCGUCGUGAUUCCUUCUCUCACACUCCUUACAGCAUUGCGAAGAAGUUAGAGCCUAUGAACACACUUGCAUCAUCUGUUUGGUGGGUUUUUGGAUUUUAUUGGAUUGUUGUCGGUGGCCAACCACUUCUUGAAGAUUCUCCGCGACUCUACUGGUUAACAGUGGUCUUUCUAGCCUUUGACGUAUUUUUUAUUAUCUUUUGCAUUGGGAUGGCAUGUAUAGUUUUCUUUGCUCUCUUCUGCAUCAUCCCAAUAAUAGCUUUAGCUUAUGCGUUAAGAAUCAGAGAAGGUGCUUCAGAAGACGAUAUCAGGUCACUUCCUAUGUAUAGGCUUAUGGUUGAUGACAACAACAACAAUCAACUUGUUAAAGCAAGAACCAGUUCAUACAAUCAAAGCCAUAUCACUGAACUAUCUCUUCAUCCCGAUGAUUCUGAGUGUUGUAUCUGCCUAAGUACAUAUGUUGACGGAACAGAACUGUAUCGCCUUCCUUGUACCCACCAUUUUCACUGUGGAUGCAUCAGCCGAUGGCUUCGGACAAAAGCAACUUGCCCGCUCUGCAAAUUUAAUAUUCGAAGAGCUGACACAUUGGUUUAA